AUGGGGGCGCUGGAGGAGCUCGUGGCGAAGGCGGGCGGGUGCGCGGUCAUCGACGGCGGCUUCGCCACGCAGCUAGAGGCGCUCGGUGCCGACAUCAACGACCCGCUCUGGAGCGCCGCCUGCCUCAUCACCAGGCCGCACCUCGUCAAGGAGGUUCAUAUGCAGUAUCUUGAAGCAGGCGCCGACAUCAUUAUUUCAUCAUCUUACCAGGCAACAAUCCCGGGUUUCCUGGCUAGAGGAAUGUCUGUUGAUGAGGCGGAAGAUUUAUUGCGAACAAGUGUAAAACUGGCCGUUGAAGUUCGAGAUGAAUUCUGGAAGUCAGCACUGAGAAAGGCCAAGCCUAUAUACAACCGUGCUCUGGUUGCUGCAUCCAUUGGGAGCUAUGGAGCCUAUCUUGCUGAUGGAUCAGAGUACAGUGGAUCAUACGGAGCUGACAUCACAGCCGAAAAGCUGAAGGACUUCCACAGGCGCCGGCUGCAGGUGCUUGCAAGUGCCGGCCCUGACCUGAUUGCGUUCGAGGCCAUUCCUAACAAAAUGGAGGCACAGGCAUUGGUUGAGCUUCUAGAGGAAGAGAAGGUCCAGGUCCCUUCUUGGAUCUGCUUCAGCUCCGUGGACGGCAAGAACCUGUGCUCUGGGGAGAGUUUCGCAGACUGCCUUAAGAUCCUCAACGCAAGCGAGAAGGUGGCCGCUGUAGGGGUGAACUGCACACCACCUCAGUUCAUCGAGGGCAUCAUAUGCGAGUUCAGGAAGCAAACCAAGAAGGCGAUUGCAGUUUACCCGAACAGCGGCGAAGUUUGGGACGGGAGAGCGAAGAGGUGGCUGCCCGUCGAGUGCUUGGGUCACAAGAGCUUCGACGCGCUCGCCAAGAGAUGGCAGGAGGCCGGGGCCAGCCUGAUCGGAGGGUGCUGCCGGACCACGCCUUCAACUAUUAGGGCCGUUUCCAAGAUCCUCAAAGGAAGAACGGGACAUUGA